CACUAUUACACUGCGGAUUUUUGUACAUUUAUAAGAAAUAGUAAUUUGUCACAACGCACAAAAUGCAUGCGAAAUGCAAAAAUUAUAAAAUAUCCAAAUACAGUACUCUAUAAUAUUUAGAAAAACAUUGGUAAAUUCCAACAAUAUUCGUUUUACUGUAAGUAUUAUAUGAAGUAGUAUAUUUUAAAAGGAUGGGAAAGGUAUUACAAAAGUAUAUGUUUGUUGUGAUUUUUUAAAUAUCAUCACGUCUAAUGAAUUAGCAUUUGGCGAAGAUAAAUAAAACCACGUGAUCAAAAUCUAGGGGAAAUUAGUUAGAAUUAAAAUGCUUGUAAAUGGCAAUAAAAAAACUGUCAGAGCGAUGCGUGGAAAAUUAACUAUAUUUGUGCAUGCGUUACAAGUGCUAAUGUUAUAAUUUUUAGUUUUAUUUGUUUAUUUGUGGUUCAUUGUUCAAUGGAAGUUGAAUGUAAAAUUCUUCUUGUUCUACUCUAAUCGAUGGAUCUUUUGACUGAAAAGAUACUUGUGUGUUAUUUGAUUCUUAUAGCGUUACAUUGUGACAUUCUAAAAAUAAGGGCCAAUUAUUACAUAUACAAAAGAUAUUGAAGAAUUUUAAUUAUUUUGUUAUUCAUGACGAUGUUGUAAAUGUAGUUUGAUGAAGGAAAAAUAUUUCUUUACAUUAUAUAAAUAUACACUCGUACAUUUUGAUAACCUAUCCCAAAGAACUAACCUCAAAAUGAGUUACAACAAAAAGGUAUCAUAUUUCUACAAUCCAGACGUAGGAAAUUUCCAUUAUGGUCCCGGACAUCCAAUGAAGCCUCACAGACUUGCUGUAAUCCACAGUUUGGUAUUAAAUUAUGGUUUGCACAAGAAGAUGCAGAUCUAUCGUCCAUAUCGUGCAAGCACCCAUGAUAUGUGUCGCUUUCAUUCAGACGAGUAUGUUGAAUUUUUACAAAGAGUGACCCCACAAAACUUGCAAGGAUACACCAAAUAUCUAAGUCACUUUAACGUAGGUGAUGACUGUCCUGUUUUUGAAGGAUUAUUUGAUUUCUGCUCCAUGUACACGGGUGCUUCUCUAGAAGGUGCUACAAAACUGAAUAAUAAUUGCUGUGACAUUGCUAUUAAUUGGAGUGGAGGGCUGCACCAUGCAAAGAAAUUUGAAGCUUCUGGUUUCUGUUACAUUAAUGAUAUCGUAAUAGCAAUCUUAGAAUUGUUGAAAUACCAUGCUAGAGUACUUUAUAUAGAUAUAGAUGUCCACCAUGGGGAUGGAGUACAAGAAGCAUUUUAUCUCACGGAUAGAGUGAUGACAGUAUCUUUCCACAAGUAUGGAAACUACUUCUUUCCUGGUACUGGAGAUAUGUAUGAAAUCGGAGCAGAAAGUGGACGAUAUUAUUCUGUUAAUGUACCCUUGAAAGAGGGCAUUGAUGAUACAUCUUAUGUUCAAGUAUUUAAGCCUGUUAUAUCUCAUGUAAUGGAGUUCUUCCAACCAACUGCUAUAGUCCUACAAUGUGGAGCAGAUUCGCUCGCAAAUGAUCGUCUUGGCUGUUUCAGUUUGAGCACAAAAGGUCAUGGAGAAUGUGUGAAAUUCGUGAGAGACCUAAAUGUGCCAUUACUUACUGUUGGAGGAGGAGGAUAUACAUUGCGUAAUGUCGCGCGUUGCUGGACCUACGAAACCUCUUUGCUCGUCGAUGAACAAAUCAGUAAUGAGCUACCCUACACAGAAUACCUGGAAUACUUCGCACCAGACUUUACAUUGCAUCCUGAUGUUGUAACCAGACAAGACAAUGCGAAUAGCAAACAGUAUUUGGAGGCUAUUACGAGACACGUUUAUGAUAACUUGAAAAUGAUUCAACACUCUCCAAGCGUCCAAAUGCAGGAUGUUCCAUGCGAUGCGUUGCCUCCAGAGGAAGAAAGGCAACCAGAACCUGACCCUGACUCCAGGCAAAAUACACAGGAUACUGAUAAGAUAGUUGAACCAAAUAAUGAGUAUUAUUCCGGAGAAAAAGAUCAGGACAAAAUGGACGUAAGUGAAUCGUGAUAAAAGUCCGGACAAAUUAAACAUAAAAUGGAAAUAACGUUGUAGUAGGAAGCCGAUUAUAUACACCAGUAUGAAACAACAAACGAUUGAAGACUAAUUUCUUCUGACGCGAAACUUGUAAAUACUGUGGCGGCACUCAAUAGCAAAUACCUCGACACUAACUAGUGUCAGACGAUGACAGCGCAGUGGUUAGCGCCUUAGGUUGCGAACAUUCGGGACUCGGGUUCGAAUCCCGGCGACCAGAGUCCGAUUUUUCUUCUACACAUCAAAAGUGGAAGAAAAACAGCCGUACCCCAUCAGCGACAUCCUACAGCUUAGCAGCGCUGCAAUUAUCACGGACAAAACUUACAUCUCAAUAUUAUACACAAAACUUGUAAAUAUCAUCGAUUUAUUAAAAAGACUUUUUUCUUAA